CCUGGCCUUAGAAUCAUAUCAGAAGAGCACUCGUCAGUAGAGGACAAUGCGCUGGAGAUCACACCCAUUCAUGUCAGCGAUGAACUCCUGUAUGACGACAAGUACUCCAAACUGCCCUUUGGUCUGGAAAUACCUUUAGGGGAACUGACCGUUUGGGUGGACCCUCUCGACGCAACUAAAGAAUACUCGGAAGGUUUGACACAAUAUGUCACUACAAUGGUAUGCAUCGCCAGAAAUGGUGAGCCUAUCAUUGGUGUCAUUCAUAAACCAUUCAGUUCUGAAACGUAUUGGUCGUGGAAGGGGAACGGGAUGUCAUCUAACAUAGAAUCAGCCCUAAAGACAUAUAAUAAAACAAAGGAUACGUUCCGUGCGAUCGUCUCUCGAUCUCAUGCCGGAGACGUCGACUCUAUUAUCAAGAAGUCAUUGAGUAAUGAAUAUAAAGACAUAGAAGUGAUUCCAGCGGCCGGUUCUGGCUAUAAGACCAUUGAAUUAAUAGAAGGCAGAGCCGACGCUUAUAUUCACGUGACUGUCAUCAAGAAAUGGGAUACCUGUGCACCCAAUGCUCUCUUAAACUCUAUAAAUGAUGCAAAGAUGACAGAAAUCAACGGA